AUGGUGUACCCCCUGGAUCAGGCUAUUGGCCUCUUUGUGGCCAUCUUCCACAAGUACUUGGGCGGGGAAGGCGACAAGAACACCCUGAGCAAGAAGGAGUUGAAGUUGCUGAUCCAGAAAGAGUUCACCAUUGGCCCAAAGGUGCAGGAUACUGAAAUUGCAAAGCUCAUGGAUGACCUGGACUGGAACAAGGACCAGGUGGUAAACUUCCAGGAUUAUGUCACCCUGAUUUUCAUCUACAAUGAUGCCCUUAAGGGCUGAAAAUAAAUCAGGAAGGUGGAGACACCAUCUAUAGGGCCUGCCUAAGUCAAAUCCAGUGGUGGGUAAUUGUUCGAUAAUUAUCUUUUUU